CGUACACUUGUGUAACAGGUGCAUUUACAGCAUGAGGUCGGAGAUAUACUGUGCAACGAUCAAUGAAGCCCAGUCUAUAACCCAGUAAUUGUUACAUUAUUUAGUGGAGCAGAAAGGCAGAAAAAUGUUUGUGUUUAAUUCAAAAGGAAACAGGCAUAGAGCUGGAAUCAGGCUCCCAGCAGGCAGGGAAUUAGUAUGGCUUGAUAUUGGGAUUCUGGAUGAGUCACAGGUGGUAGAGCUGAAACAUAAUGGAAGAACUUAGGAUGGCUUUUUUCAUCGCAGUGAACUAAGCAAAUUGCUUCACUUGGACUUCAUUAUGUAAAGUUGAUCUUUUGUUUGAUUGACAUGUUGGACUGCCUCACUGCACCGAGGUUAAAACGACAAAUGAUAACAUGGCACAAUCUUAGGAUUUAAUGAUUCACCUUUUCACACUGUUAUAAUUAAUGACUGUUUUCUCAAUCAUACAGGAAAUUAUAAGGAACCAGAAGACAGUUAUCAUUCACACAUUACUAUUACACACUGUGUAGCCCCACAUAUCCAAACCUGUGUGAUUUCUGUGAUAGUGAUUGUGGGUUUUUGGUGUUUCAUGAUAAUAAAAGCUGACAUAUGUUUAGAAACCACUUUGUCUGUCACAGUGUGCCUAAUGUGGAAGAAGUAUCCUGCUAUUUCUUGAUGUCUUUUAUUGAUUUCAUGCUUUAUUAAUACACAAAACACAAAUAACAAUAACAAUAAUACACAAAACAAUAACAAUAAUACACAAAACCCUCAGAAUAAUAACAAACACACCAAUCGUGUUUCAAGAGCAGUAAAAUUUAUUUUUAUGUCAAUAACUAUGUAUGAAACAAUGCCUGUCUUUGUGGAAUUUCAUUACAGCGUUUUCCUCUUUACAUUUGUGUGUCAACUUCAAAAUAAUCUAGUCUGUGUACAAUGGUGACUAUUUCUAGCUGAUUAAACAUGAAAACAGACACAUAUGUCCACAUUAUUAGGGACAUGUGUAGACCUGCACAUACAGUUACCCUCUCAGCUAAUAGGCUUUGGCAAAGACCAGGUGAUUUUUAUUCUAAUCAUCAGCUGUGUUUUGGUGAGUCUGUGCUCAUGAAAGUCUUAGAUCCUGCUUUCAGGUGUUUUUCACACCAUUCUGUGUAAACUCUAGAUAUUGAUUUGUAUGAAAAUCUCAAGAGAUCAACAGUUUCUCAAACCAUUCCAUGUGGUAAACACACCCAUGCCACAAUCAUACCUUUUUUUUCAUUCUGAUAUUUGACUGAAACAUUGACUGAAACUCUUUGAUUUUUGUAUCUGUGGCACAUGGUUGGCUGGAGCUGUGAGGCAGCAAUGCUUCCAGCUGUGCCAAGUAAAAAAAAAAAAAAAAAGACGGGCACUGGAGCUAGUGCAAUUUUCUUUUUUUAAACCAUUGAUAUUGCAGAUAAUAGCAACAAUUCUUAUCUCAUUUUUGAUAAUGUCUUUUUCUUCUUUUUCUUUCUUCCUACAGAUGAACAAGAAUCUGGCAUGAUGAGUCUAUUCACUGACAGACACUCACUUUAAAGUUCUUCUUUUUGGCAGUGAAAGAACCUCAGCCAAAAAAUGAAUACAUUACCGUGGCCUUCAGUAAUUCCAAACAACACUUUCACACCCAUCAAACACAGUGAGGAGUCCAAUAAGUCAACAGGACUUUCAGGAAACUGUGAGCAGGUCCACAUUGCCCCUGAGUUUUUCCUCACUUUGGGUUUGCUAAGUCUGUUGGAGAACAUAUUUGUUAUUGUUGCCAUAGCCAAGAACAAAAACCUUCACUCUCCUAUGUACUUUUUCAUCUGUAGUCUGGCUUUGGCAGAUAUGUUAGUAAGCGCUUCCAAUGCAUGGGAGACUAUAGUGAUCCAUCUCCUGGCUAAUAGGAGGUUAGUUGUAGAAGAUCACUUUAUUCGUCAGAUUGAUAACAUGUUCGAUUCUCUCAUUUGCAUUUCUGUGGUGGCUUCCAUGUGCAGUCUGUUAGCCAUUGCUGUGGACCGCUACAUCUCUAUAUUUUAUGCUCUCCGUUAUCACAGCAUCAUGACUGUAAAGCGAGCAUGUAUGAUCAUUAGUGGCAUCUGGAGCUUCUGCACUGGCUGUGGGAUUGUCUUCAUUGUUUACUCUGACACAACACCAGUGGUGGUUUGUCUGGUUGCUAUGUUCUUGGCCAUGCUGCUCUUAAUGGCAUCUCUCUACAGCCACAUGUUCAUGCUGGCUCGAUCCCACGUAAGACGCAUGGCAUCUCUGGCCGGUUCCAAUGCCUCCAUCCAGCAACGGGCCAGCUUGAAAGGAGCCCUCACUCUUACCAUUCUUCUGGGUAUCUUCAUCGUGUGUUGGGUGCCGUUCUUUCUCCACCUCAUCCUUAUGAUCUCCUGCCCAAAGAACCUGUACUGCAUUUGCUUCAUGUCCCACUUCAACAUGUACCUGAUUCUUAUCAUGUGCAACUCUGUGAUCGAUCCUCUGAUCUAUGCGUUGAGGAGCCAGGAGAUGAGGCAAACAUUCAAGGAGAUCAUCUGCUGCUACAACCUGCGCAGCAUCUGUAGCUUGUCCAGUAAAUACUGAAUAGAAGCUUCAACUUUGCAUCCAUCAUCAUGUAGCACAGAGAAAAGUACAGAUAUAAAAGAAAACAGGACUGCACAACAUUUAUCACAUACUUAGCGGUCUUUGGAAGUCUUUAGAAAAAUGCCUUAGAACUCUAAGGCCUACCAUUGAUUUUAUAUUGAUUUUGGUAUUUUAAAAUGGCGGUAGAGACUUUUUUCUCUCUCUCACACACACACACACACACACACACACACACACACACACACACACACACACACACACACACACACACACACACACACACACACACACUGAGUCCUGACUUUUCCUCUGGAUUACCUCUUUGCUUGCUUUGCCAUGUAUGAGUGUGUACCUGCAUCCUGUCGGCUGUGAUACGUCAGAUGUAGUUUCUUAGAAUUUGGGAGCAAACAGCAUAUUAUUUGAGGUAGAAGAUAUUUUUAUUUUAUGAUGCUUUCUUGUAAUUAAUUUUAGUAAAUUUAAAGGUUUAGAAUUUCAUAUUUUUAUCCUGACUGGAGAAAGUGUACUUCAGCUCUUAAUGAGAAUUGAGAAAUUAUUCUUUUACUUGAGUUAAAGAUUUUGUUACUUCCCCCCAUUGGAGUGAACUACAUUUUCCCCUAAAGUCACUUUAUUUUGUUUUUCUUGUGUUUUCCCCCUCCAGUGGUAUCUGUAAAACAUACAGCAAAAUAAAUGUAUUUAAUUAUUUUCUGAUACACUUUUUCAUGUGCUUGAGCCAUUUUGUUUUUACCCGCAUUGUUGUGUAAGUCCAGUUCUGUGGUAACUGCUGCAAUAGUUGUGUGAUGUAUGUAGUGAAAUUUUGUGAGUGUUUCUGCAUAGUGUUGUGUAUGGUGAAUGUACAGCACAUGGUGCUGAUGUCUAAUUGUGGACAAAAGUGUUACAUUUGUGAAUUUGCUGUCACUCAGACAAAGCCUU